CCAGGACUCCAGCGCGUCACUGCCUGGAGCAGCAGCGACUCGGUUACCAGAGCUGGAGCCCAGCAGAGAUAGCAGCAAGCAGGCACUUCCACGCCGCUCAGGCUAACUCGCUUUCGGCUUUGGUUCGAGAUGGAGACUCGUUGCACCAAGAAGGGCUCCGGCGCCCAAAACUUCAAGGGUGGUUUGACUCUGUGGCUUGUUCUGUGGCUGGUGGUGAUGAAGCCAGGCGGGGUUGCCGCAUGUCCCAGGCUGUGUGUGUGUUACCCAAUGCCCAUGACGGUCAGCUGCCAGUCCCAGAACCUCGUCGAGGUACCAUCCGGUGUGCCCUAUGACUCACAACGGGUUUUCCUGCAGAACAACCGCAUCACAGAGCUUCGUGCAGACUCUUUUGCGUUUGAGACACAGGUUCUCUGGCUGUAUGGCAACAACAUCACAAGGGUUGAGGCCGGCACCUUCAGUAACCUCAGGAUCCUGGAGGAGUUGGACCUGGGCAACAAUCCCUCGCUGCGGCACCUGGAAGGUGGAGCAUUCAGGGGCCUGGAGAAGUUGCAGAGCCUGCACAUGCAUCGCUGUGGGCUGGCCACUCUCCCCCAUGACCUCUUCCACAAACUCUACAGCCUGCAGUUUCUCUACCUGCAGGAGAAUCAGCUUCAUUUCCUGCAGGAUGACCUGUUCUCAGAUCUGGUCAACCUAUCUCACCUUUUCCUGCAUGGGAAUCGUAUUCGCGCGCUGUCUGAGAACGUCUUCAGAGGCCUGGUCAACCUGGACCGCCUCCUUCUCCACGACAACCGUAUCAGACAGGUCAACCGUCGGGCUUUUCGUGAUCUGGGCCGCCUGACCAUCCUCUACCUGUUCAACAACUCUCUGGCUGAGCUGCCGGGCCAAGCCAUGAAAGACACGCAGGACAUCCAGUUCCUUCGCCUCAACAGCAACCCCUGGUCCUGCGGCUGUGAGGCCCGUCCCCUCUGGGAGUGGUUCCGUAAGGCCCGCAUCUCCUCCUCUGAGGUCAUCUGCACCUCCCCAUCCCAGCGUCGCGGUCAGGACCUCAGAUUCCUGCGUGAGAUGGACUUCGCCCUCUGCCCUCUACCUGACCCAGGAUCACUGGCUGGGUCCACCACGACCACCUUCAGCACCAAGACCCGCUGGUGGUUCUCCAAGAAUAAGCCAGUUUCUUCAUCAAAGUCCUCCUACCAGAAGAGCUCAGAGACUGUGAAGACCUUCCCGUUCUCAGCCGGAAAACCUCAGCAUGUCCCAAAAAUCGCCCCUGAAACCCAGCCCUACAAGUAUGAGCUGUCAGCAGACGAGGCGGCUCUUCCCAACCUGGGUCCAGAAGAAUACUGGGCCAACUACGGCAACGAAGACUCCUCUAUCCGCUGCUUGGAGCUGGAGUGUCCUCCCAACUAUGACAGUGAAGCUUUCCCAUCGUCCUCCUCUUUAACCAUCACCCCAUCAACACUCCACCUUCUCUGCCUCUCCUUUCCAACACUCUCAUUCCAUUUCCUCUUCAGCUGAACCCUUUUCUCCUUACACACCUUUCCUUUCCUCUGAUUUCUCCUCCUGCUCUUUCUUGUUUAAACUCAAAACUGCAUCUUGAUUCUUCUCUGUGGCCUCCUGGAUGCUCAGGGGGGUGAAAUGCUGAUGCAGGAGACAGAUGAGGCGGCAGGGAGUUGUUUCAAAGAGCGGAGGUCAGACGGGUUCCAGCAGAGGAUAGCCGCUAGGUAGGUCAGGCAGUGAUGAUUACAGCCUGCUGAUAAUGGUCACAGCUUACAUUAUCUUAACUGGUUCAAACCGGUUUGUGGCAGCAGCAGAUGAGAUCAACGGAGAUGACGAGAUUUUUAUGACACCAGCAAACUUUCAGCAUCACUUGUAAAUAUCACAGAACCAUCACUGUACAAAGCGCCACCACACAGUGUAUCUUACCCUGGCUGGAUUUUUACUUUGCAUCUAACAGUUUGUGGUGGUAAAGAGAUAACCGAAGGGCAAACUAAUUAAACGCUGAAUGCUGCUGUUGCUCCUUCUGUUUCCAGCUGUUUUUCCAUCCAUCCGAUGCUCCACACCAAACAUGCUUUAGAGAGCUGUUUGAGGCUGUGUGUUAGUUUUGCAGUGGGUGUGUGAGUAGAAUUUUAUUUAAUUUAAAUAAAUUAAUUUAAUCUAAUUUAAAUAUCUCUAAUUUAAUCAAUUUCCCUCUGGGAUUAAUAAAGUAUUUUUGAAUUGAAUUGAAUUUGAAAACAAAAAGACCAAAGUCCAUACACAACCUGCAGGAUCAUCUCUCUGAACAGAGUCUGGAGGUCCAAACUGACCCAGAGUCAGAUCGGAGCAUCGGCUUGUUUCCCGUUCCUCGCUACCCCCCCCCCCCCCCCCCCCUCUCUCUCUCUCUCUCUCUCUCUCUCUCUCUCUCUCUCUCUCUCUCUCUCUCUCUCUCUCUCUCUCUCUCUCUCUCUCUCUCUCUCUCUCUCUCUCUCUCUCUCUCUCUC